AUGGCUCUCAAUAUUUCGGAUGUACAAGACAAAGACAUGCCUUCAGAGGCCGACAUUGAAAGAUGGCACCGCUUGUUCGGCUAUAGCCAAGCAGAUGCUGUUCGCCGUAUCGAAGAAUACCGGAGCGACUAUUCGAGGACUAGGAUAUCGGACGAUCUGUGGGCUACCAUCAGAUCCCGAAAGGAGGCAGAAGGAUACGACCGGGAAGCAUACGAGUACUCCCUCAAAAAUCGGCAGCAACCCCGUGGCUCGACGAACUCCGCCUCGAGCGUGUCUGGCACGUUCAUCGUGCAGCUCACGGGCCCCCUCGACUCACCGGAGACGAUCAAAGCAGCUCUUGGUUUAAACGAGGCUCCGUCGAUGGCGACAGGAGCAGGUGAAAAUGGACGGGCAGAUUUCUGCCAGAUCGACGGAGUGACGAGAGCGAAGCUGCUAGACUGGCUGGCCGAACACCAUUGCGGCUUCCAGCCUACUAUUGUUCGCUUGGCAAAGGCGAAGAAGACUCUCUGCUCCCAGAGCAUAGCACCAACACUUGCACAGGACGCGACAAUGCCUCAGAACAGGCUGGACGACGAAGAGAAUAGUCCUCGGCCACUGCAGGACGAAUAUCCAGUGUGGUAUUUCUUCUACGGCACCCUGGGCGAUCCAGCUGUCCUCAAACACCACCUCAACUUGGACACAGAACCCUCUCUUGUACCGGCCCACAUCAAAGGUGCUGAAGUUCGACUCUGGUCAGGAAAAUACAAGGCGCUCGUCGAUGCGCCGUCAGGAUCGGCCAAGGUGUUUGGAAGCGCGUUUCUUGUUCGGUCCCGAGAAGAGGAGGAUGCGUUGAGGUUCUACGAGACGGACAAGUAUGAAGUCGUCCGAUGCCGCAUUUUCACAGAGCAAGGCACCCUCAGAGGUCUGACGUUCCGCUUUGACGGGACCCCAGAGGAAUUGGGAUAG